AUGCCUGUGUCCAGGAAGCCCAAAAAUGGUUCCUGGAUGCCAAAGGAGAUGGCGGCCUCAGGCCUCCAACAUCUGCCUACUGGGGAAAGCUGGGGCGUGAAAUCAGCCUGGGGGCUGGGGGAUGACGUCACACCCCCAUCCCGGGGUGGCCACACCCAGCACCCCCCCAUCCCACCCCGCAGCUCCCCAGCCACUCCGGGCCUCAGAGCACAGGCGGGCUGCGCGGGACGGGAGGUCCGGAUCCUAGACCAAGAACCUGAAUCCCCAUCCUCGGCCUUGUCAGGGGCCCAGGUGGCUCCCGGGGCCUUGGGGAGCGCGCUCCCCGACGCCCGACUGUGUCUCCUCCAGGUCCAAGGCCCCGCCAGCAUGCACUUGACUUUCUGCCUCGGUCUGCUCGUCCUCUUGGCCCUGGGGGAGGGGGAGCACUGCUCGGACGCCCAGGGCCGAGCGCGCUUCUGCAUCCCCCCGACCGCCCUCCUGGCCUGGACCGGGGGCUCCUGCGGCCGAGCCAGCAACCGCAGCAGCAGCCUGAGCCUGGCCCUCGGGGGCCCCUUCCUCCUGACCUCGGUCCGCCUGCGCUUCUGCUCCCAACCCGCCGCCCACUCCGUGGCGGGCGCCCGGGUCCUGGCCGCGGCGAGCGGCGAGGGCGCCGCGGGGGGCCCCUGGUGGCCCUUGGCCAGGCUCUGGAGCUCGGGGGGCGGCCCGGCUGCCGAGCUGACUCUGCGCGCCCAGCUCGGCCCGGCCCAGCCCCGGCCAGCGGUCCGUCUGCGCGUGGAGCUGGGGGCCCCGGAGGCGCUGGCGUCCGUGACCGUGCGCGGCCGGUGCCAGUGUCACGGCCACGCCGCCCGCUGCGCCGCCCGCCUCCAGCCCCCACGCUGCCGCUGCCGCCACCACACCACGGGGCCCGGGUGCGAGAGCUGCCUCCCGUCUCACCAGGACUGGCCCUGGAGGCCGGCCACCCCGCAGCAGCCGUUCGCGUGUCAGCCCUGCUCCUGCAAUCUGCAUGCGCGACGCUGUCGCUUCCACGCCGAGGUGUUCCGGCUGUCCGGAGGACGGAGCGGGGGCGUCUGCGAACGCUGUCGCCACCACACCGCGGGCCGCCACUGCCACUACUGCGAGCGGGGCUACUGGCGGGACCCCCAGCAGCCCCUCUCCAGCCGCAGAGCCUGCCGGGCCUGCCAGUGCCACCCAAUCGGUGCAACCGGGGCCCAGUGCAACCAGACCAACGGACAGUGUCCCUGCAAGCCCGGAGUGACUGGCCCUUCCUGUGACCGCUGCGCGGCCGGCUACCAGCAGAGCCGUUCUAUCCGUCUGCCCUGUCAACGGAUCCCAGAGAUAACAACCACCGAGGCCACGACCCCUAGUGUCUACACUCCAGACCCGACGUGCCAGAGCCUCUGCAACGUGUCGGAAGCUCGAGUUCACAUGAGUCUGCAGCAGUACUGCCGCCAGGCCUACGUUCUUCGAGCUCAGGUGCAAUCCGCCGAAGCCUCAGGCCCGGCCUGGUGGCGUCUAAAGAUCCGCGUUCUGGCCGUGUACAAGCAGCGGGCAGAGCCCCUGAGCGCGGGAGCACAGGAUGCCUGGGUUCCUCGCGCCGACCUGCUCUGUGGCUGCCUCACCCUCCGGCCUGGCGCGGUCUACUUGCUGCUGGGGGGGCCUCCCGAAGGGCCCGACCCCACCCGCCUGGUGCUAGAUCACCGUGGGCGCGCCCUGCCCUGGAGACCCCAGUGGGCGCAGACCCUGCGGAGGCGGCAGCGGGAGGAGCGGGCCGGGGGCUGCUCCUGAGAGCGCUGCUCACUGGUGCGCCCGGCCUAGAACUCGCAGCC